AUGAUUGAAGAGGCACCUCCCGCCGCAAGCGAUGCGCCGCCGCCCGCCGACGUCAAAGCGCACGAUGUCGAGCCUGUCGUGGAAGAAUCUGCAGACAAUCGCGUCUUGACAAAACUCGGCUAUAAACCUGUGCUCCAUAGGACGUUUAAUCUGUUUCACAACUUUUCAACCACGUUCGCCGCCCUCUACUUCAUCGGCGGCGUCCGCGUCACCUUUUCAACCGGCAUCGCGGCCGGCGGCAACCUCGCCUACUGGACGAGCUUCAUCGUGACGUGCGUCUUCAGCUUCAUCAGCGCCGCCGUCAUUGCCGAAAUCUGCUCAUCGCUGCCCCUGGCCGGGUCCAUCUACCUCUGGGCGGCCGAGGCCGGCGGACCGCGAUGGGGACGGCUGUUUGGAUAUGUCGUGGCGUGGUGGAGCACCACGGCCUGGACGACUUUCUGUGCCAGCAACACGCAGGGCGCUGUCAACUAUAUGCUGUCGGAAAUUGUCGUCUUCAACAUUGACUUUCCCUCGGAUCCGUCCAGCGUCAAGUUCCGCGCCGUCCAGUGGAUUUGCACCGAAGUUCUCCUCGCUCUGGCUGCGAUAUGGAACCUGCUGUCUCCCAAAUACUUCAAAUGGAUCUUUUACCUGUCCACCGGCUUCGUCCUCCUCGACUUCGUCCUCAACAUGAUCUGGCUGCCCAUCGGCACCGCCCACACGCUCGGCUUCCGCACCGCCCACGAGGCCUUCAUGACGACGUACAACGGCACCGGCGCGUCGCCCGGCUGGAACUGGUGCCUGUCGUACCUGGCCACGGCCGGCAUCCUCAUCGGCUACGACGCCUCGGGCCACGUCGCCGAGGAGACGCGCAACGCCAGCGUGUCCGCGGCCCGGGGCAUCUUCUGGAGCACCGUCGUGAGCGGGCUGGGGGGUUUUGCCGUUGUCAUUCUGUUUCUCUUUUGCACUCCUGAUCCAGACACCUUAUUCUCGUAUGGCAGCGUCCAGCCAUUCGUGCCCCUGUAUGCCGUGCUCCUCGGCAAGGGCGGCCACAUUGUAAUGAACGUCAUCUGCAUCGUGGCCCUGUGGUUUAACACCGCCAUCGCCAUCCUGGCCGCCUCGCGCCUCGUCUUCGCCGUGGCCCGCGACGGCGUCCUGCCCUGGUCGUCGUGGGUCUCGCGCGUCUCCGACGGACAGCCGCGCAACGCCGUCAUCGUCGUCUGGGCCGUCGCAUCCCUCAUCACCUGCACGAUCCUGCCGUCGUCGGUGGCCUUUACGUCGCUCGUCUCCGCCGCGGGCGUGCCCUCGGCGGCCGCGUACGGGCUCAUCUGCCUGGGCCGCCUGCUGCUCACGCCCAAGACGUUCCCCAAGCCGGCGUGGAGCCUCGGCCGCUGGAGCAAGCCCUUCCAGGCGGUGUCGGUGCUGUGGAACGGGUGGGUCGUCGCGGUGCUCUUCUCGCCGUAUGUGUUUCCCGUGUCGGGCGAGACGCUCAACUACGCGCCGGUGAUUAUGGGGGCGGUGACGGUCUUCGCCGUCUUGUCGUGGUGGUUGAUUCCGGAGGAGAGGUGGCUGCCGAGUCGGCGGAUCAAGGAGCAGCUGAUGGCGGGAGAGUCGGCUGAUGAGGAGUGA